AUGGCCUCCACCACCAACAGCACAACGGCAGAGUCAAGCGACGCCAGGGAACACGAGUCCCCCCAGGAUGACACCUAUGCCGCCCCAUACGGCAGUUCCUGCGUCAAUUGCUCGCAGGCUAAAUGCAGGUGCAUCUACUCCAAAGCCGGCGGGCGAUGUCAAAGGUGCCAGCGCCUGGACAAAGAGUGCCGUCCAUCUGCCACGCGCCGAGUGACCUCCCGAAAGUCGAACGUCUCCAAAAACACCCCCAAGACAACACGACUGGAGGACAAAUUGGAGGACCUGGUGUCCCUCCUUCGGGCCGGUGUGCAGCCCGGUAACAUCUCCACAACGAUGCUGAAACACCUGGCGCAACCCUCGGACAACCAAAAACCCACCAGCAAUGCCGCAUCACCCCUGGGUCCGUCCGACACAUCGAUUAGCAGCUCUAGGCCGGGCUCGGUUUAUGCACCACAUGGCAAUGGCGCAGCCUCGACCCCGGAAGCUAGCCUGUUGGACGGGGGCUCUAUAUCUUCAGGAACAUCGGCCGAGAAUGAGAUGGAACCAACAGGCGUCCAGGCAGAAGGAUACCUUACCUUCUAUAUUACUCAGAUGCUUCCCUUCUUUCCGUGCAUGUAUAUUCCGCCAGGUACCACUUCGCAAAAGCUCCGUCGCGACCGACCAUUUUCGUGGCUAUGUAUCAUGGCCGUCGCCUGCAAGAGUAGUGCCCAGCGUCGCGUUCUCUUCGACCGGAUCAAACAGAUAGCCGCACAGAAAUUGGUGCAUGAAUACUCUUGUCGUGACUUGGAUGUCCUCCAGGGGAUCUUGAUAUAUCUUGGAUGGUCCAACCAACAAGUCUACAACAAGGCCAAUAUUUACGUAUUCGCCCAGCUAGCGAUGGGAAUCGUCUACGAGAUGGGUUUGUUCAACCCCGAGGCAAAAGGAAAGCAUAUGCUGUUGUGCGUUCAUACCGAGCCACACGAGAACCGCUCGGAAGCUCCACGUAAUCUUAUGGACGAGCGCAGGGCUGUUCUGGGGUGCUUCUUACUGACAUCCAUCUUCGCUACCUUCCUACAGCAGAGUGAUUCUCUGCGCUGGACACCCCACAUGGAUGAAUGCCUACGCCUGCUCGAAGAGCAACAGGAAUGCGCCAACGAUGGGAUUCUGGCCCAACAAGUUCGACUCCAACUGGUCAUGGACAAGCUCAGCUUGGGACGCUGGUAUGGGGGUUCUUCCAAAUCGCUCGAGUCGAUGCGACCAUCGCCUACCAUCUAUCUUCGACCCAUGCAGACCCAAUUGCAGUCGCAACUCCAAGCAAUCAUGAACAGACUCAGCUCAAACUCUAAGGGAUAUAAAAUUGUCCUCUUGCACCAUUACAACACCUCUUUGAGUCUCCACGAGUCCGCCCUCACCAAAGGCGCCAUUGCCUCCAUGAGUAAUGUAACAUUUGAGCACCUCGACUAUCUGUACGGUUGUCUCGACGCCACAAAAUCAUGGUUCGACGUCUUCUUGAGCAUUCCGCCGAUGGAAUACAUUGGCUUUCCUUUUGCGGUAUUUUCGCAGAUGGUUCAGAACCUCGCCACUCUCUACCAACUAUCUACGCUGGAAAGUCCGCUCUGGGACACGGCUAAUGUCCGGCGAACGGCGGAUGUGUUGCAGCUUUUGGAUACGAUAGUGGCCAAUAUGGACCAGGUUGCGUCUCUCAAUGGUCUGGUUGGGGAUCCUGGUGGCGACAUCUUUUCUACGAUUGCCCAGAUGUAUCGUGCUGUGCGGGUGGGAUGGGAGACUAGACUGGAGCCUGAUCCAGGUUCGAGCGCAACGAAUAUUAUUCCAUCUCUCCCUAUUGCAACGCUCCCUGGUCCGGAUCCUUUGUCGGCUGCGUUUCCCCCGAUGGAUAAUAAUGACUGGCUAACAGAUAUGCUGAAUACUAUGGAUCAAGCCAAUGGAUGA